AUGGCCUCCACUGGGAGAAAACAGUCAAAGAAAACGAAGCAUUCAGAAGACUCAACUGACAUAAAAUCGUUUGAUUUCGCUCUUGAGGACGAAAAGACAGGACUGAGUUGUUCAGAGGAUGACAUCCGAGAAGAUGAAACUCCUGUUGUUGACAAGAUGGCCAAGAAAAGGUCAUUUGAGGAGGAUGAUCUAAAAGUUGGAGUGGGGAACGAGGUACAAACCAUGUUGGAGAGAUUUGGAGCUGAUAUAAGCAAAGCCAUGCAAGCCAAGAGGAAACGUUUAGAGACCUUCACCAAGAGCACACUGAAGGGCAGCAAUCAGAAACUGGAGCAGCUGUGGAAUACCCAGUAUGCACAAAGGCAGAAGCUGACUCAGGAGUACUCACAGCAGGUGUCAUCUGUGCUGCAGCAAUGGGAGAUUGAUGCACAGAAAUCUGAGGAUCAGGAGGAAAAAUUGAAUAACAUGUUUCGCCAGCAACAAAAACUGUUCCAGCAGGCUAGAGUGGUGCAAAGCCAGAAACUGAAAACCAUCAAAGAGCUAUACGAGCAGUUCAUUAAGAACAUGGAGGAGAUGGAGAAGAGUCAUGAGACCUUCUUGCAGGGGGCACAGGUGGAGCUGAAGAAGGAGAUGGCAGUGUUGCAGAAGAAAGUUAUGAUGGACACUCAACAGCAAGAGAUGGCCACUGUCCGCAAGUCUCUUCAGUCUAUGCUGUUCUAG